AUGGAUUGUCUUAAAAAAAUUGCGGAAGAAGUGGAUACAAGUUUGACUGGAGAAGAUUUUGAUGGGACCUCUAAUGCCAAUAAUAGUGCAUUUCUAGAGAAUAAAGCUACCCUUGGUGAAGGAUUGAAUUACAUCCACCGUUGCAUUUCAGCCAGGUAUAAGUUUAGUAAUCGUGUCCACUAUUUUAAUUUGCUAUGUGUACUAACACUUAAAAACUUGCAUCAGGAUGGUGUCACUUUUGGUGCACAUGAAGACUUCCCCUAUGAGAGGACUUCAUUGAGUUCAUUUUCACAAGUGUCACAGCAAUACGAGUCUUACAACUCCUCAACUAGCAUGGGUGUUCCGGCUAAUCACCGGAUGUUUAACCAACCUUUCCAGUUAACCCAAUCAUCUCAAGCCGUGCCUACCAGCAUGACUAAAUUACUGCAGGCUCCAUUAUCACAACCACUGGAUGAGGACAUUUGGUUCAAUAGCUAGUAUGAAGGUCAACCAGAAAAGUAAUCAAGUUGAAGUUGAAGAUGGUGAUAUUUACUUCAAGUAAGGGCUGUCAAAAAAAAUUGUGAUCAGCAGAGAUGUCAAGAUUAGAAGUGAAUGUUGUAGUUAUGAUCUUAUUAUGCUAAUUACCAAAAGUGAGCAAACCUCAUAUGUCCUUUUGUGCUGUACCAAUCUAACGUAGGCGUACUUAUUGGAGUAGUCCUUGAUUUUGUUCUA